GUUUGCGUCCCCGUGCUCUUCCGCUGUUAAAUGUUGCCACCAUUUCCAGGCUUCGAUUUUCCACCAGCGAUAAUCGUGAUUGAUCAAAGCGUUUUAUUGCUGGGACAAAUAAAUAACUUUAGAAAAUAAAAGGCCUCUGAAACCGGCUGACACGAGAUGACAGAUAAAAGAUGAAGCCUGUAGUGAAAUGUCUGCUGGUGCUUAACAGCAUACUUAUAACUGUUCUAGGUGCUGGGCUGACUUUGGUGGGCGUGAUCAUCAAGUUUUACACGGAGUUGAUUGAUGGCUACCUUACACCAAUCAUCAAGCUCCUAUCGGCGGGAGGCGGUACCGGUGCCGAUAUUUGGACACUGUACAACAUGAACUCCAUUGCUUUGCUAGCUUUCGGCGUAGCCGUCAUCAUUUCAGGCUUCUUCGGAUGUUAUGUGGCCGCAUGUCCCAAAAAGCAAACUGUCACUGCUUACAUGGUGAUUAUGACGGUAAUGAUAAUGUUACAAAUUACGUCGGCGGCUUUUAUCCUAACAAUGAAAGUAGAGAAUGAAAUCAAAGAUACAUUGAAGAUCAAUCUUGUAAACAUGUACUAUGGGGACGAGGCGAAGGACGAGUAUUCUUCCGCCUGGAAUUACGCUAUGGUGGAGUUUAGUUGCUGUGGUGCAGAGUCGGCCGGAGAUUUUAAGUUGGCAAUUAACUGGGACCAUGAGAAGACGGGCGACAACGGAACUUACACUGUUACCGUUCCAGUCACGUGUUGCAAACUGCCAGGAAAAUAUCCAGGCUUUGGUGAACCAAACAACGAGAACUGCACUGUGAACCCAACCACGGAAAAUUCGUACUAUCAACAAAACUGCUAUGAGAAAUUUGAAGACUAUCUACAAUAUUACGAAAUUCUUAUGAGCUGCUCUUGUAUUGGAGUCGUUGUCUUUGAGGGACUGUCUCUGGCAAUACUGGUUGCAGUUUCCAUGGAAAUGAAAAGGAAGAGGAAUAAAAUUAAGCAAGCACUUGUAGAUGAAAGUCAGGACUAAAAUUGGCGCGCUUUUUAGAAUACUUUGACUUGUUGCUUAUGAAGAAGUAUGGUCAAAAAUCUUUAUUUGUUAUUAAUUUUUUCAUGGGCACAGACAUGCCUUGAGAUGAACAUCAAAAAUGAUCUUUUUUAUUUAUCUUCACCAACAGUCAGUGUGAUAAUAAAAAAAAUGACACUGAAUUAAUAUUAUCAAAUUGUACUUUAUUUGUAUAUUGAAUACUAGUAAGAUUAAAUUCCAUUUACAGCUGCAUAUAACUCACACUUUUGAGAGCCUUUGUACAUAUUUUAUUUUUUGAAAAAAAAACAGCAAGUUAUAUACAUUAAAGAAAGAUAUUGAUGCGUGAAUUUAAAUGACUUAGUUAUCUUAUGUAUUCCAUAACUUUAAUUUUUUUAUCUUAUUUUAUUAAUAAAGCGGCAAGAAGCAAAAGAAAAUAUAAAUCUCAUGGAGAUUUGUACCGUGCCUUGUUAGAUAAUAUAAACACUGUUUCUUGUAUAUGUGCUUACUAACCAUACACACGUUGCUUUUGAACAUGCUGUUCCAUAACUGGAAAUUGUUUGCAGCUGAAACUUGCGACAGAAGUGUGAAGUAAAAAUAUAUUAAAUUAUGCACGCGAUUAUUGUUCGAUUUAAAACAUUAUCCCGGACUGCACAAAAUUUUAUGUAAAAAGAACAAAAACAACACAAAACAAAAACUUGUACAUGGGCUUCACAGUGGAGUGUCUCCCAACCCAACUGAGAGGCCGCUACUGGUUCUUCUAAAGAAAAAAGCACUCUGUCACCAGGCACGUGGAAAAACAUGAUUGUUUAUUAAUAAAAAAAGCUAGGCUAAUCAAACCAGGCAUCACUGUGUGUAUUUAUGUAUGUAUGUAUGUAUGUGUGUGUGUGUGUAUGUAUGUUUGUAUGUGUGAUCAAAAUUCAAUGUUUAAUUAUAUUUGUCCCGUUGUUGAUUCCGUUAAAAAUUUUAACAUUUUAAACAAAUAAUCAUGUGUCACAAGAAUGACAUUUUCGGUGAUGUGAGGCCAUCAGGUAAAGGAAAUUUGGUGACAUCCAUGACGUAUUCUGCAUUUACUAAUGGUAUUAUUUUGUUGGAAGUUGUUAAUUGCGCACAUGUUGUUAAUUGUUAAUGAUGUGAUUUUGAUAAAGAGCUUUAACUGUA